AUGAAACAACCAGCAAUCGUACUACUCACAAUAAUCUACGCUUUAGAACCGCACGGUGUGCAAGCAAAAGCCGAAAGCUCACUAGCGCUGCUAACAGAGCUCUGCGAAAGUGAAGUGUGCGAAUGUGACGGUGUGAUAUUCGAAUGUGAGUUGGUGGGUGUAUUCAGUUUGAUUACCGUUUCGGGCAAAACAUCGUGGAGUGAAACUGAAGAGAGGCGCGCUGUUGUCUACGCAAUCAACAUCACCUGCGUAUAUGAACCGCAAAAUCUAGAUGCGGUGCUAAAUAUAAUGCCACAAGUGCAACUCUGUUACAGGACCGAGUUCUACUUGAAAAACUGUCUCGCCUAUCCCGCUUUACUGCAACAACCGAACAUCACUUAUGAGGGUACCGUCGAGUUCGAUCAGUAUUUGCUUACGCCAACGCAAUUUUUCAAUCAAACUCGUGAGCUGACGACAUUGAGACUGCCUGUUAAAUUUAUUCACACUGCGCAUCCGUUACCCGAAAGUUUGUUGCAUAAUUUAACUAAUUUGAAGCAUCUGGAGUUGGCAGCGUCGAGUACGUUUGAAGAGAUAAGUUGGCCAUUGGCGCUUUGGCACACACUAUACAAUUUGGAGACGCUCUCAAUUCAACUGGUGGCGCUGCACACUACGGUGCGUGGUAUGCAGAGCGCGCACUUUCGUGAUUUACGCGCGUUGAAGCAGCUGAAGUUGGAGGCAACACAUAUGAUGACCCUGUCGGGCGAACUCUUUACAUCAUUAGGCGAGUUGAACCGCUUGAGUUUGCGUCUGAAUAGUCUCGAAGAGCUGCCGCCUGAUUUACUGCGCAUGCAGCAUAAGUUGGUUGUGCUGGAUAUCUCGGAGAAUCGGUUGCAAGCGCUGCCAAGAGGGUUCUUCAACAAUACGCCACUGCUUUGGGAGCUUAUUCUAUCGAAUAAUUUGCUGAGCAUGCCUACGAAUAUAAUAGAAAAUGUGCAGACCCUAAGUUAUUUGCGCAAAUUGGAUUUGGGUUAUAAUCGUCUGCCGUCAAUUUGGGGUACGGGCGCUUACCGUAAUAGCACAAUCUUUACGCGGCAACGCAUUGCCGAGCCAUUCGAUUUGGCGAACUUUAUUGAUAUGAUUGGCGAUUUUACAUCAUCGCAGAAAAGUUCGGUUGAAUCAUUGAAUCAAACAGCUAUUAUACUACGUAAUAAUCAAAUCACGCACUUCUCUUUGGAAUGGCUUGCUGCUGCGGGCAUUCGCUGUCCAUACUAUCUCGAUCUCGCAUUCAAUGAAAUACGUCACGUACAUGCGAUUUUCUCUGCGUCUGCGUCCACCACCUGCCAGAGUGUGUUGCACUUAAUAAAUAAUCCGCUAGCUUGUGAUUGCGAAUUGGCUUGGGUGUACGGCACAAAUAUACUACUAAAUGGCGUGCGCUGGCAGUGCGCUUCACCUGAGCGUUUGUAUGGUUAUGAUUUGCAAAACCUGGAACGCGCAGACAUGUGCGCAUGGACGCCGGCAUGGUGUCCUCUGAGCUGCAGUUGUACGAAAAGCGAGUCGUCGGUUUUGAUAAUCAACUGCAAUGCAGCGCGCUUGCGUAUACUCAGUCAAAUUCCGCGUCCCGACCAAUUAUCACUGGCAGAAAGCACACUUUACAUCGAACACAAUUUGUUCGGCGAGUUGCCAUCGAAUGCAACCUUCGGUUAUGCGAAUGUGACGCGGCUCUAUGCGUCGCAUAAUCGCUUAAACAUAGUGCUGCCAUCCCACUUGCCGCCGCUGUUGCGAGUAUUGGAUUUGCGCGCGAAUCAGUUGCCGCAGCUGAGUGCAGGGUUUCUCAGUAAUUAUCUCAACAACAGCGCCACGCUUACCAAAUUAUAUCUUAGCGGUAAUCCGUGGAUGUGCGAUUGCAACACAGAGCUGUUGCUUUAUACAUUACGUACACAACGCAAACGCAUACCGGAUGUGGAUGACCUCUAUUGUGCGAACUAUCCAAAUAUGACGCUCCUGAAUGUCAGCUUCAACGAUAUUUGCAAACGUCCGCCCAGCGGCAGUGCGCUCAUUACAAAACUCAUAAUAACAUUUCUGACAAUACUCACGCUCCUUUUAGUGCUUACACUCUACUAUAAAUACGAGUUGGAGUUGAAGAUAUGGUUACAUGCGCACAAUAUGACUUUGACUUGUUGCAGUGUGGAGGAGUUGGAUCGCGACAAAACCUUCGAUGCCUUCAUCUCUUAUUCGCACAUGGAGGCAGACUAUGUUAAUCGUUUAUUAGUGCCUGGUCUCGAACGCGAAGCACCCUACUUUCGUGUCUGCACACACGAACGCAAUUGGCUCGCUGGCGCCUAUAUACCCGAACAGAUUGUCGAGUCUGUGGCGCAGUCGCGUCGUACGAUUAUUAUACUCUCUGAGCACUUCAUCGCUUCGGAUUGGGCGCGCAUGGAAUUCAAAACUGCUCAUCAGUUUGCUGUGAAUGAGCGUCGUGCGCGUAUAAUUCUUAUUAAAUAUGGCGUGGUGGAGAAUAUGGAUGGCCUGGAUGCUGAAUUACAAGCGUAUUUACGUAUGAAUACGUAUUUGGACUCGGAGGAUCCAAGAUUUUGGCAGAAACUGCGUUAUGCCAUGCCGCAUAAGAGGGGCGAAGCUCAUAAAGCUGGCAUGCUGGAAGUCCGUGGUAGAGUUUAUGUGCGCGGGCAGGUGGAGCUGAAUCAGUUGGCGAGCAGGAAAUAA